UUUUCCUCUAACAAAAAAUUUCAUUUGAACUUUUUCUUAUAGCAAAAAGUGAUGUAUUUAAUUGCAUAUAUGUAACUCCCAUUCAUUAAUGAAACUCUCAAACCUUUCUCUUCAUCAUCACCAUGGCUCCAAGCUUAACCACCAUAAAAGAAACAAAUCUUUCCCAUGCCAAUUCCCUCCCCACCAUAAAACUAGAAAACUCAAUAUUCCUCGCCAAUAACAACCCAAUCCUCACUCAAGUCCCAUCAAACAUAACCAUUACUCCACCACCUCAUAAACACGAAAAUUCUUCUUCUCCAAACACCACCGUUGCUGGUUGCUUCGUUGGCUUCAACGCCGACGAACCAAGCAGCCGACACAUAGUUUCCAUUGGCCACCUCAACGGAAUCAGAUUCACCAGCAUAUUCAGAUUUAAACUAUGGUGGAGUACUCACUGGACAGGAACCAAAGGCAAUGACAUAGAAAACGAAACUCAAAUGAUUAUACUUGAAAACGACACCGUUAAACAACGUCCCUACGUUCUUCUUUUACCACUCAUCGAAGGUUCUUUCAGAGCUUGUCUUCAACCAGGAGAAAACAAUAACAACGUGGACAUUUGCAUGGAAAGUGGAUCCACACGUGUUGUUGAAUCAACUUUCAAAACAUGUUUAUACAUUCAUGCAAACUUCGAUCCUUAUAUAUUAAUGAACGAAGCGAUUAAGGUUGUUAGAGACCACCUUGGAACAUUCAAACUUCUAGAAGAAAAAACAAUACCUGAUAUAGUUGAUAAAUUUGGAUGGUGUACAUGGGAUGCAUUUUACCUUAAGGUGGACCCUCAAGGAGUGAAAGAAGGUGUUAAGGGUUUAGUAGAAGGUGGGUGUCCUCCAAGUUUUGUAAUCAUUGAUGAUGGUUGGCAAAAUUUUUGUCGUGAUGAUGAAGAUUUUUUGAACGGUGGUGAUUGUUUAAGUUUGAAUUGUUCUAUACCUGGCGAACAAAUGUUGGGAAGGUUAAUAAGUUUUGAAGAAAAUAAAAAAUUUAAGGAAUAUGAUGAAUCUUUAGGUAUGGGUGGGUUUGUGAGGGAUUUAAAGGAGGAAUUUAGGGGUUUAUUAAAGGAGGUUUAUGUGUGGCAUGCUUUUUGUGGGUAUUGGGGUGGGAUUAGGCCUAAUGUUGAAGGGAUGCCAGAGUCGGUGAUAAUGCCGGCGAAGUUGUCACCGGGGGCUGAGAGGUGUAUGACGGAUUUGGCGGUGGUGAAGAUAAUGGAGAUCGGAGUUGGAUUGGUGAAGCCAGAAGAGGCAUGCCGGUUGUAUGAUGGACUUCAUUCUCAUUUGAAAUCUGUUGGUAUUGAUGGUGUCAAGAUUGAUGUCACACACGUUCUAGAGAUGCUGUCUGAGGAAUAUGGUGGUCGAGUUGAGCUUGCAAAAGCGUACUACAAGGCACUAACUGAUUCCGUGAGGAAACAUUUCAAAGGCAAUGGUGUCAUUUCCAGUAUGCAACAAUGCAACGAUUUCAUGUUCCUUGGUACAGAAACCAUUUCACUUGGACGAGUUGGUGAUGAUUUUUGGUGCACGGACCCAGCUGGGGAUCCAAAUGGUACAUAUUGGUUGCAAGGAUGUCACAUGGUGCAUUGUGCCUAUAACAGCUUAUGGAUGGGAAAUUUUAUACAACCAGAUUGGGACAUGUUCCAAUCUCAUCAUGCUUGUUCUGAAUUUCAUGCUGCUUCUCGAGCAAUCUCUGGCGGACCAAUUUAUGUAAGCGACUCUGUUGGAAACCACAACUUCAAGUUACUCAAGAAGCUGGUUUUGCCGGAUGGAUCGAUUUUGCGGUGUCAACAUUAUGCACUUCCAACGAGAGACUCUUUAUUUGUAGACCCUUUACAUGAUGGCAAAACAAUGCUCAAAAUUUGGAACCUCAACAAAUAUAGUGGAGUUUUGGGUCUAUUCAAUUGCCAAGGAGGAGGGUGGUGCCCUGUGACUAGAAGAAACAAAAGUGCUUCUGAGUUUUCGCAUUCUGUGACUUGCUUUGCAAGUCCUAAAGACAUUGAAUGGAGCAAAGGGAACAACCCAAUUUGCAUCAAAGGUGUUGAUGUAUUUGCUGUCUACAUGUUUAAAGAUGAAAAAUUGAAGCUGCUUAAAUGCACCGAGACUAUAGAAGUUUCACUUGAACCUUUUAGUUUUGAGCUCAUGACAGUUUCUCCUGUGAUGGUCAUACCAAAAAAUUCAAUUCAAUUUGCUCCAAUUGGAUUAGUUAACAUGCUCAACUCCGGAGGUUCAAUUAUGUCAUUGGAGUUUGAUGAAGAGAAAGAUUCGGUGCAAAUUGGGGUGAGGGGUCAUGGAGAAAUGAGGGUGUUUGUAUCCGAGAAGCCGGUAAGUUGUAUGAUUGACGGAGAAGCUGUGAAAUUUGAUUAUGAUGAUAGCAUGGUAAUGCUCCAUGUCCCUUGGCCUUGUUCUUCAAGGUUGUCAGUGGUUGAGUAUUUAUUCUGAACCAUGAUUUGGUACAUUUACCCAUGCACUAUAGGCCAAACAAUAUUUUAUGAAAGGAUUGAUCAAAUAAAGAUUUGUGACUAUACUGGUAUAUGUUAAAUGCUUGCCUAAACAAAUAAGAGUAAGUUGGUAAAUAGAGAUUGGUUUAUUUGUUGAUGUGAGUGCUUCUGCAAGAUGGCAGAAAUUUGAAACUUUGGUUCAACGUAAUGACAUGUAUUUAAAUUUGAAACUAUGGUCAACUUUGAGACUAUUAUCCAUGUGUUGUGAGAUUAUGUUGUUGCUAGGGAGUUUUUAGAUAAAUUUAUUACUAAGAACAAUUGUGGUUGGAGCUUUUUUCUAGUCUUGGAUUAUCACACUAGAUUAAUGUGAGAACACAAGAUCUCACAAUUAACUUUUAAUCUUCAGAGGAAUAUACCUGAUACAAAUCAGUGGCAUUGAGCUA